UGACAGCAGUAUUUUUGCAACUCUUCUUAAGGUUGGACACAUUGGUCGAUACAUAAGUAACACUGCAAACAUGUUGGUCAAACACAUCGUCAAACAAGGACUGCUGUUGAGAAAUGUUGGCGCCAUGUCGCGUGCUGCCUACCACGGUGGCGAGCACCACCAGCACUCCACCAUGAACGAUUUGCCAGUGCCCGCUGGUGACUGGAAGGAGCAGCACAGCCAGAACAACACCAAGUACAACGCCUUCCUGGUGUCCGGAAUCUUGAUUCUGGCUGGCACCAUUGGAUUUGUGAAAACCUCUGGUUUGAUCCACUUGAACUACAGCCCCCCCAGCAACAUGGAUUAAGUUCUAAAUAACUACAUAACCACGUACAUUGCAGAUAAAUAUGUGUUAAAUAAGCUUAAAGUGGCGAAUUAGUAAAUCACAAACCCAAAUACUGUU